UAGCUGUUAUUCUGACAAAGUAGUUGCAAACAGUUCUGUCGUACAGAGGAAUAUUACACUAGACUGAGGACUUUUCAUGUUGGUCUGGUACAUGACGAAAGGCUCUUAAGACACCGUGAAUGUUGUUUUGAGUGAAUCUCACACAUCUCACAGAAGUGAUUAAAAAAUAAGAGAAAUACAUCUUUUAACCCCUCGCCAACUAGAUACUUUCCAAAAGCGACAAGCAAGUGAUUAAGAGCUACUGUGCCUGGACCAUGGAAAUUUCAAAUGAUUUCGUAGGCGUUCUGUCUGAUUUCAUGAGGAAUGGUGUGCAUGGACAGACAUGGCCUAAAAAUGUUUCCUACGCCGUUGCACAGUACAAAGAGGGCAAAGAAACUCGCUAUUUUAGAGCCAAGAACGAUUAUGCACAUGCAGAAGAGGCUGUUAUUAAACAUUUCGAAAACUUGAUGUGCCUUGAUGAGCUCGUUUCUGAUGACAUAAAAGUAUACAUAAGCAACUCACCUUGUUUUUCAUGCAGCGAUAAAAUUAUAAAUUUUCUUAAAAAUGCUAAACGAUACUACAAAAGAAAUCUGAAGGUCGAGCUCGUGUUCUCGGCAUUUUAUAGAGUGAGGCGACCCUCUUGCGAAGAAAACCCUCGAUGCAUUGGACGUCUUCCAGAUGAAGAUGCCCACAAAGCUCAAGUCGAGGGGCUAAAAAAUCUGUUCACGACUCCAGGCAUUGUUCUUCGCCCCUUCACUAAGCAAGAUUGGAUGGAACUUCAGAUUGCCUUGAGCUGUCGACAGGAUGAAGAUGAAAAGCUAAGGAAGGACUUCGAGCAGCUUAUGUCUCUGAAGUCUACAUUGUCUACAUCUGUUCAUUCAUCGGAAUGUGCCCAAAAGAAACAUUAAAUAUGUUCAACAGGCAAAAUAAGACAAUGUGACGUAAUAUGACGGUUGGUGUGUUCUUCCACUACUCAUAUGGUGUUCGUUCUUGAUGACUAGGAUUCUACAGACGGCAUCAGGAGAGAGCUCGACACGGUGACAUGUCACCCUAGGUGACUACGAGAUGUCACUACUAUUAUUAUCGUCUGUAAAAUUCACAUGUUGAUUUACAAAAUGUGUCAAUAUUCAGCUGUGAUGUGAUUAAUAAGUGAAAUAAUGUAGAAAAGAAACUGAAACUGCACACAAAUACCAAUAGUUUAUUUUGUUAGGCCUUUAGGAUUGGUAUACAACCUUUUGAACGAAAAAUAUACACAUUACAGAUUGAAGAAUAUGUUUUAUGUAGAAUUUCUUUUCUAUAUAUACAUAUAUAAACUGAGCUAGUUUACAAGAUAUUAUCUCAUUUUCUGUCAGCAUCGUUAGUUUAAAUUUUCAGGUUAUUGUACUAAUUUGUUGGAAUGAAACCUUUUUUUUUUUAUCUCUCAGACACGAAAGGCAAACUAUUAAAUUAAAUUCAUUUUUGUUAUUGAUAUGAGACACAGAGCCCGUCUUGCUUAUAUUAUUGUUAGAAACAGAGAAAAACUGAAUGCAGUGGUAAGAGUGUGUUCACUGUAGAAAGUUAUCUUGUAAGAUUAAUUCAAGUCUUAUCUCGGAAGGAAGGAGAAAAUGAAAAACAUUGCUUAUAAAGCUGAACUUUGCACAAUAACAUUUAAAACAACUGAUGAAAUAAGUGGAUGAUUAAUGCUAGUUGUAUAUUUAAAUUUCCUCAUACGUACAUCUCUGGUCUAGACAUAAGGAGCACAAAUAUUCAUUGCUGUGUACUUUUUGUGACUUGAAAUGAUAUAGCGUGUUAUAUUUUUUCAUCAUGCAGAAUUUAGUACAGUGGGAACUAUUAGAAGUACCCCUUGCUGAGGAAAAACCUUAUUGAACGGCUGAAAAUCUUUGAAGGCACUUUUCUCAAAAAGGCCGCCACAGUACUUGCUCACUUUAAUCCUUUAUAAUUCACUCAAGUUUUAGGACUAUACGAUAACUUUUGCAUAAAAAAAGGUCAGAACCUGUACAUUGUAAACAUAUACAAUUUGCAAAAUUUCAAAUUUGAGAGUUAAUACUCAUUCAGUGGUGGCGGGUAACAUGUAUCUAAAGUCAAGUGCUUCCAAGUUUGACCAACAACAUUUAGCGCACAUUAUUAUGUAUAAUAUUAAAGUUCUUAUCACCUUAUAAUGUUUUAAUAACUAAAAAGGACACAACUAAUUAUAAAACCCUUCAAAUGUUGAAUUUAAAUUGUAAAACAUUUAAAGUGUGUGAACAUGUAUAUUUCUGAAAGUGAUGCUUAUAUUCAAAAAUGCGACUAGGUGUAGUAACAUUUAAAAUGUAGUUUUUGAGAGAAUUUGUAUAAUUUAUAACAUAAUAUUUUUCUGAUUGUUAGAAUGUUUGACAGGCCAGUAUAACAGAACUGCAAUGUUAUUUGAUAUUUAAUAUUUUAUUUUGCUACUUUUAUCAGUUAAAACAAGCUCCGUCAGUAUUUGUUAUUCUUGUUGUAUGACGUGUAGGCCAAGAGGUGACCAAGGUUUGUAAGAAGUCAGUGAUAACUUGGUUUUAUGAA